AUGUCGUCGUCUCCCACAAACCAAAAACCUGAAACCGAACAUAUCUCAAAUUUGUCAUCUAAUCAGGAACUGCUUUCGAUAGAUGAUAUCUUCAAUGAAAAACCUACGUUGACACUUCCCGUCAUCAAACACUACUUGGCAACAAGGGUCACUACUUUAAUCGACUUGCCUGUUUAUCACCAGGACAAAAGAUGGUAUGAACUUAUAAACCCUAUUCCUGGUUUGAGAGAAAUGACAUUGAGAGAUUGGAACUACUACGGAUUGGGAUGGUUUGGUUGGGUUUUAGACUCUCUAGAUUUUUUUUGCGUUUCUGUUGCUUUGCCGGAAAUUGCCAUCUCUUUGAAUUCAAGUGUGGUUGAUAUUACUUGGGGAGUAACAUUGGUUUUAAUGUUCAGAGUGUUUGGUGCUGUCGCUUUCGGAUUGGCUUCGGACAGAUUUGGGAGGAAAAAAUGCUACAUUGUCAUUUGUAUAUUGUUUAUUUUCGUUGAAGUUGGUACAGGCUUUGUCCAAACUUAUGCGCAAUUCCUCGGUGCUCGUGCAAUCUUUGGUAUCUUAAUGGGAAGUAUGUUGCCAGUCUCCAUGGUGACUGCCAUGGAAAGCCAACCGGUGCGUGCAAGAGGUAUCUUGUCAGGUUUAUUUUCGCCAGCAUAUUGUUUUGGCUACAUUAUGGCUGUGGUAUGGUAUAAAGUCUUUGAGCCGACUUACAAAGAAGGCGAAGGGUGGAGAAGUUUGUUUUGGUUUAGUGGUGGGUUGAGUGUCAUUUUGAUUAUUUGGAGGUGGUUUGUUCCAGAAUCAUAUGAGUUCUUGGAAAUGCAAGAGAAGAAGAGAAAGUUUAAGGAGAAGAACAAGAACACUGGUCUUCACAAGUACUUUAACACAACUAUUUUUCAUACAUUAAAGACUGAGUGGUUAUUAUUCAUCUACCUUUGUAUCACAUAUGCUGCUUGGAAUUCUUGUAGCCAUGGAACCCAAGAUUUAUAUGUUACCAUGUUAUCGAAUCAGUUCGGUGUUGAUAUUGACAAAAGAACUAUGAUUGUGUCAAUAUCUAAUGUCGGUGGACUUAUCGGUGGUGCGUUUGUUGGAAACCUUUCCGAGCUUUUGGGGAGACGAUUAUCCAUCAUUAUUGCGACCAUUCUUUGCGGAGCAUUCGUCUAUCCAUCAUUCUUUGAUGCUGACAAGAAUUGGGGUGCCUAUGUUGUUUUAAUUGGUUCUGUAAUGGGUUCUUGGGGUGUAUCAACAGGUUAUGUUUUAGAAUUGGUGAAUAAGGCACACAGAACUUUAUUAAUGGGAUUGUCAUACCAAAUAGGUAACUUACUCAGCGCAGGAAGCGCUACUAUCCAAGCUCGAAUCGGUGAGCUAUACCCAGUUCCAGGUGCAGCUCCUGGUGUUUUCGAUUAUGGAAAAGUGAUGUGUAUCUUUUGUGGUGCCAUUUUUGCAUUAAUGGUGGUUCUUUUAUUGUUGGGACCAGAGAAGUUUCAUAGAAAUUUGAAAAUGGUCCCAGCGAAUCUCGGUGCAGUACCGGAGCUUGAGGAGGGUUUGGAUUUGGACAAACCAGAGAAUGAGAAAAAGGAGUAA